AUGACAAUCUCAUCACUUGAAAUCCAUCUCUCCACUUCUUUGGCUUCCAAACUUAGGAAUUCAUUCAUGUCUGCUACAGACGCGAAGUUCGCGUGGAUGAAACUCUUGCUUUCGUUUAAAAGCUCUUCACAAUCGCAUUUCUCGGCGAAGUAGAAGGUUGAAAUGCAGUUUAACUCACACAUUUGUUGUUGUAUAAAUCGACCAGAGAUUGUUUUCAAAUUUGGAACGAGGAGAUAAUUUGUAGCGAUGACCAGCUCUUCGGCAUUUUCUUCAGUAACCUCUACAGUUCCAGUAUAGAUGAAUUCCAAAACAUCUUCCAUAACAGAUCCCGAAAUCUCCUCGAACCGAACGAUCCCUUCCCGAUUUUCUUUCAUAUCGCUCUGAAGAAGCUUGUAAAAGAACGGACUCGCUGCAGAAAGGAUAUUUCUGUGAGCCUUUAGCUCUUGAUCAUCUUUCGUAAUCAAAGUUAUGUCGCAUAAGUGGCCUUGUUUUCGUUGUAUGUUGAGCCGUUUCAUCAUUUCUACACAAAAAGGAUUCUGUUCAGUGACACUGAUAGCUGAAAGGUCUUCCAUUGUCAAAGGAUAGGCCUUGUUUUCGAGGUUUGUAAGCGGAGAUUGUGGUGAUUAACAAUUUCGGAACGCGAAUGCGGAAAUUUAGCCAGGACUUCCACAGGCGGCCCAAGCUCCAGCUGUGAGAUGAUUAUCUUACGCAAAUGAACGGUCAUGGCGGAAUUAUAAGAGUUUGUAUGGUAAUAUUUACGACCGCUCUAAGGAAUAAAAAAAUACGUCAAAUUCUCAAAAAAAAAAUACCUCACCUCGCUUCCACAGCGUAUUGCUUGUUAUCUGACCGCUUUUCUUAUGUACGUUGAAAACCUCGAAAUGAACAACUCGCUCAAAUGGGCUCUUUUCAUCAAAGUAAGCGGUCAGAUAACAAGCAAUAUGCUGUGGAAGCGAGGCGAGGUAUUUUUUUUUGGGAAUUUGACGUAUUUUUUUUUUUUUAUUCCUUAGAGCGGUCGUAAAUAUUCCCAUACAAACUCUUAUAAUUCCGCCAUGACCGUUAUUGUGUAAGAUAAUCAUCUCACAGCUGGAGCUUGGGCCGCCUGUGGGACUUCUGGCUACGCCUUGACCUUGAUGAACAGCUCAGUUUCGAUGUUUAUAUUGAUUAUUCAUGUAAGAAGACUUCAAAGCGUAUCGGCAUACUUAACAGAAUUAAGGCUUACUUACCAAGAACAGAGCUUAUACUUUAUGAUAAUUCUGUCAUUAAGCCACUGAUAUUAUAUUGCAGUGUAACACAGACAAGCUGCUGCAGUCAUGAUAAUAUAUGUAAGAUAUUUAAGCUAUAGAAACGCUGUGUUCGAAUCAUUCUUGACGCCCAACAACGCCAUGGCACUGUGGAUCUAUUUAAUAUUUAAGGAUGGGUGCCAUAUAACAUCGAGUCUGACAUCAAAAGAUGCUUAAUGUCCUACAAGAGGAUUAUGGGUACUUGCCCUGCCUAUAUAAACGAACAGUUAGAAUUAAACAACAGCUAGCACAGCAGAAAUACACGAGGUGCUAACUUAACCAUUUUACCAAGGAGAUACAUAAGAGAGAAAGAGGGAGGUCGCACGUUUUCUGCAACAACCUCAAGAUGGUGGAAUCACCUCCCCCUUAAGCAACGCGCUUCUGAAUCGCAAAUACUUCGAAGAAUGCUUUGUAUAAACAUUUUAAAUCAAGUCAGCUUAGGGAUAAGAUUUUUUACUCCUUUUUUAGAUAAUUUAUUUUCAGAUCAAAUGAUAUAAGCAAUUUGUUUUACCUUUAACUUUUAGAUCUUGAUUUGUUGUACAUUAUGAUUUUUAAUUAGGUUCUAAUUAAAUUCUUAAUUAGGUGAUUAAUUAUUGUAGGUUUUAUUAAAAAUUGUAACAAUGUUUAUAGAAGGCCACAAGUUCAUUUCUUUUUAACUAUUAAGUGUCACCCUAUUUAAAUAAAGUUUGAUUGAUUGAUUGAUUAAUCGCGUUUAAUUCACUUCUUAAUUCCCGAGUCACGUCUGAAAUAAAAAAAAAUUAGUUCACGUGGACAUGAAAAGAUCUUAUUAUCUUUAAUCACAAUUCACGAAUAAAGAAAAAUCAAAUCACGAUUCACGAGAAAAAAAAUUGCCCAAUCACGCUUCACGUAAAAAGUAUAAGGAACUCUCAAUUAGCUUUGACUCCUGUUCUCUAAAGAUCAGAAAGUAUAAUGCUUUAAAUGUCAGCUUUCAAAACCAAUCUUUACUGUGGCCAAUUUACAUUAUCAACUCCGUUAAUAAAACCAAAUAUCUUGAAACACCCCCCACUGACGCAGCACCACAGCUUCUUUAGAAACUUAUCCACUUUACUCAUACGCUUAACAUAUUUUUUCCCAUCCAGCCAUUUCAAUCAGAGGAUUUAAGAAUGAAGCUGGUCAUGUUAAUGCUGAUUAGUCUCUGUUUCCAUCUCCUUUUUUUAUAGCCGGUUUCAAUGUAUGUGUAGUUAAAAAGGAGGCAUCAAAUCAGCUCCAAGCAAGACUUUGGUGACAGUCUGUCCUGGUUUUAAGACAAUGUAAACUCUCUUUUUUAAUUCCUCUGACGGACCGUCAAACAACAACAUGAUCUGAAACGACUUUUGAUUAUCUGUGAUUGUCCAUGUCAAGGGGCGAUGUGAACGUCAGUUGUGGAGAUUAUGAUCCCCGUGGCCUAUCUUUCACAGGCCACUGUGAAAGGAUAAUUUAUGUGGAACUGAUGGAGAGAAGAUGGAAUGAGGAAAGAACAAAUUAGAAAAAAACCCAACUAAAAUCAUUAAGGGGGGAAAUAGAGAGAAAAGAUGGAGACGCGGUCCAGGCUCUCUCAAAUCUCUUCGGUUAGGCCUGGAAACAAGCGACAAGGGUUAUUCCGCAUUCGAGGGUUCGCUUUGUUAUUAUAAUUUUCAUUUACAUUCUUUAGGGUAUGGAAGAUCUACAUCCCAUCACUGAAACUGAAAAACCUUCAUCCUGUUGGGGCUAACGCUCGAAACGUCAGCUUUGAAACUCUUUACGGUGGCCAAUUAACAUUGUCAACUUAGUUGAUAAAACAAAAAUUAUCAUGUUAUACUUCGCCACCGACGCACCUCCUCAGUUUCUUUAGGAACUUACCCGCGUUAUUUAUAAUAUUGAUUGCUUACUUGGAUAAGACACUGUCAGCCUUGUAUUACACAGAGGGGCAUAGGGGCCUGUCGAAAACAGGACAACGCACCUAAACGGUCAUCGAAAUAAAAUGGCGGAAUAGCAAUUGUUCCAAACUUAAAAACCACCUGUACACGUUAAUAUUAGUAUUCACUUCACACUGUUCUCUCAACAUUUCCUAUGGUACUGACGAGGAGAGUUGGUUUGAAAAUUAGGAGCUUCUUAAAUUGGUGAUUGUUUCGUUUAUUCUCGUGACCGUUAUAUUGCUUUAGAGGAGAUACCCUUUUCAAAGGAUAAAUUAGAAGCCAGUUACUCUUAGCUGAAGUUAAGUAAUUAGGAAACUAUAACAAAAUCAAUGAACAAAAAAAAAGAAAACUGGAAAACACUUUUAUUAUUUUUAAACACAAAAAUUCGAAUGAAAAAAACAGAAAAAGAAGAGAACACUUGACGCUUAAAAAUCAGAGUUGACCUUUCAAAUACACUUCACUAAUGUACUAUGAUAAUGACAAUCUAAUAAAUUACUAAAAUGCUUAGGAAAUAUUGGAAAUUGCAAUCUUAAAAUGAACAAGCCGUAAUGAUUUUGGCCUCCUGAACAGAUUUGACUGUACAGGUAUGAUCAGUUUGAGCAAUAGUUUACUUUUCAAAAGAAAGAUUUGUCACUGGUAAGCGAAGAUGUAAAAAACUUUUGAAUACAGCUAACCAGAAUGAAGUGUCUUGCAGUGGAGUAGAAUUUCGAUCUGUUAUUCUUGUACUCUUCUGAGCAGGCAAACUUUUUGGUUGACCUUUACCUGUAUCUUUUUACAUAACACUUUUUGGCAAAUAUGUCUGUGUUUUUCUCAAAACCACCAUAGCCAAUAUCUCGUCCCCAGAGUUCCACGGCCAAAGGAAACGGGAAUUAGAAUGCCCGAAACUGGAAACCAGCUUUACUUCCGUUUUCGAUAUCUUUUUCGUGUGUUCCCCAUUAUUAGCUACAUUUGAGUGGAUUCUGCUCAAGGAAACUAGGAUAUUCUGCAAAUGAUGGAAGAUAUCCAGCCUAUCGCAGCUUCUGAAAAAGCGUCAUUCUGUGUGGAACUGAUGAAACGCCUCAACAUUCAGCGAAAACAAGAUUGUUUGUGCGACAUUACUUUGGUGACGAAAGACGACAGAGAGUUCAAAGCUCACAGAAAUGUUCUUUCCGCAGCAAGUCCGUUCUUUUGCAAGCUUCUUCAGAGCGACAUGAAGGAGAAUCGAGAAGGAAUUAUUCGACUUGAGGAGAUCUCAGGAACUAUUAUGGAAGAUGUUUUGGAAUUCAUCUACACUGGAACUGUGGAGGUGACUCAAGAGAAUGCCGAGGACCUGAUCGCCGCAGGAAAUUAUCUGAUCAUACCGAGCUUGAAAACUAUUUCAGGGCGGUUUUUGGAACGAGAAAUGUCCAACUCAAACUGCAUUUCAACCUUUUACUUCGCUGAGAAAUAUGAGUGUGACGAGCUUGUCACUAACAGUAGAUGUUUUAUUCACGAAAACAUCGUUACCGUCGCAAAACUGGAUGAAUUUUUGCACUUAGAAGCUAAAGAGAUCGAGAAGUGGAUUUCGUCCGACGAAAUUACAGUUACGGACGAAGCUGAUGUUUUUAAAAUCAUCUUAGACUGGAUAAACCACAGAAAGAGUGAGCGAAAAGCAGCAUUAGAAGAAUUGUUUGGUCACGUUCGACUGGGUUUUCUGUCGCGUGACUGUCUGGAGGAUGUCGCCACAAACGAACUGGUGCGUGAGAAUUUCGCUUGUGUGAAGCUGGUCAUGGAUGCAACCAUACAGAUGGCUACCUUGGUUAAUGAAGACGAUUUUCUGCAAUCACCAAGAAGAUGUCUUGAUAAACGUGUCAUUGUUGCUCGUGGUGGCAAGUACACUUUUUGUUAUCUCUCUAAAGGAGGCCUGUGGAAGCGCUUGCCAGAUGGCCUGAAGGACACAAACAGUUUAAAAUUGAUAAAAUUUCGUGACCAGUUGUUGACAUCCACCAAUUGUCAAAUUUCAGAGAGAUACGAUUCUAUUUUUAACGUUUGGUCUGAGCUGAACUUGAGCAUAGAUUCUGCAAAGUUGGCCGUUCUUAAAGGAGAAAUUUACGCUGUUGAAGUUGAAAUCUAUGGCAGCCGGAAAACUGUCACGAAGAGGUACAAUGUAAAGCAGUGUGUAUGGGAGACAAUUCACACAUAUCAUGAACAGUGUAGACAGGAUGCUUGUGUUAUUGCAGCCGGCAGACAUCUUUAUUCGUUUGGUGGUAGGAUUCCACGAUCAUGUAACUACGUCGUCAUAGCUGAGAGAUUUGACACUGUGGAAAACAAGUGGGAGAGAAUCGCAGAUAUGCUGGAAGGAAGAAGCGACGCUUUUGGCGUGGCCUCUCAAGAAAAAAUCUUCGUUGCUGGAGGAAAAAACUCUACGGGAAGGUUAAAAGCUUGUGAGAUGUACAAUACGUUAACAAACGAAUGGCAACUUAUUGCAAACUUGAAUGUCCCACGCUGUUAUGGUAGUAUGGUUUGUCUGAAUGGAAAGCUGUACGUACUAGGUGGAGAAAAUCAGUUCCGCGAUAAUCGGGAGCUAAGAGUUGAAUGUUUUGACCCUGCAAACGACCAAUGGAUUCACGAAACAACCAUACCAGUGACAAACAUUGACCCAGAAAAUAACAACACAUUCACGGGCUCUGUUCUGAAGCUUUCUAAAGAAUUACUAGACAAACUUACGAUUGUUGAGUAG